CAGAGACGCAGUCACCGGCUGCACCACGUCUUGGUAGGCAGUCCUCUGUUACCUCAUAUACACAAACAACGACGCGAGUGCGAAUGCGACAGAUAUCGCGGGUCGUCCGUGCUCCCCGAAGAUCGAAGGAAUCAGCCAGAUGUUUGUGACUGACCGAUCUGAUUUCAAAUCGAAUUGAAUCAGACCCAUCUCUUUGAGUUAUCGAACUUCAUUCAGGAAAUUGCUAUUAUUGUUGAAUUAGGAGAAGUGACACUAUGACUUGAUAUUGUGAAGAAGGUGUAAUUUCGAAGCUACUUUUGUGGUGAGCAUGCUGAGAGACAGUAAAGGGACUUUUUAUAAUUAACAGGACAUUCGUACGAAACGAUAUAUAGACAUUUUGGAAAUUACAACAAAGAUACAGGGACCUAAAAUGUACUAUAUUAAUUGUUGAAAAAUAAUACAGUGGCUAUUUGUGCAACCGACGAAUUGGAUUACUGUUUUGAGGAUAAAAAUGAAAGCAACUCCACGUAUAAAUUUCAUAAAAAAACUCUUUAAUUUGAAUUUGGAUCAGUCGUGGAUUUAAAUAAAAGUAACUCGAAAAUAAAGAUUCUGAUUAUCUUCAAUCGUAUACUAAACUAGCAAAAUUAAAUUUUCGUAUAAACUCUAGAAGUUUUCGAUUAAUAUCGAAGACGAAUUUUUAACUAGACGGAGUUUUCAUACAGUGCGGGGCAAAAACUCAGUUACGUGGAAGAAGAAGAAGAAGAACCUUUUCGAGAAGAAAUUUUUCUGCGGCUUAUAACGAUCUCGGAAUUUCGCAGGUAGAAGGUAGUAAUAUGACUCAGUAACGGCGAUCUUCCUCAAAGUUUGGCGCCUCUUCUUCACCGAAAUAAAUCGAAGUGAGCGAUUGGUGCAUAGAUGCAAAGCAAUUACCGGAAAGUCGAAACAAUUGUCUCUGAUAAAGUAUUUCGCAAGUGCUUGAUCCAACGAUUCCAAAUAAAUUUUCAAGCAACAUGAAAUAAAUUGAUAUAGGAAAUUCCGAGUGUAGUAAUUGACACGUAUCUCCCUAGAGAAGGCACGACUGAUUUAAUUGACACGAGAAAAUAAAAGAGUGAGAAAAGUGGCACGUUGCCAUGCGCAACUUUUGAUUAGAGACAGAGUGUUGACAAGAAGACUGUAUAUUAUAUAGAAUUAUAUGUUUCUGCUACGAAGACUUCCCGACCGUGUACAAAAUUUCGACAGGACGAGGAUGUCAGUCACUGAUUAAUAACAUAUGCCACGGUGGUAGCUCUCGAGGAGGAUGUUCCACGGGGGCGGAAGUGGCGGGUACGGCGCAAGUUCCGACUACCAGCAGCAGUCCCAGCAGCAGCAGCAGCAACACGGGCAGCAGCUCCAAGCGCCCGUCUACGUUCCGUCGUCCAGACCGAUUCCAUCCGCAGCUACGGCGGCGCAAUAUCACUCCUUCCCAACCUCCCCUUCGCCCGCAUGGGAGAAGACGGCGUCCUGGCAGCACGGAGUGGAGACGUACGCGGCGCAUCACGCGCUCGCCGGACACACGAGCGGCACCGCGGCGGCGAUGGGGCCGCACGCUGGACCCGGUCAUCCGCACGCGGGACAUCCGCACGCGGCGCAUCCUCAUUCGACCCUCGCCGCGGCCGCAGCUGCACCGUUCUACGCGCAGAACGUCGCGAUGAUGUCCUCGUGGCGCGCCUACGACGGUACCGGCUUCCAACGUGCAUCGCCUUAUGACACCGCGAUGGAUUUCCAAUUCGGUGAGGGUCGCGAGUGCGUGAAUUGCGGCGCGAUAUCGACGCCGCUCUGGCGAAGAGACGGCACUGGCCAUUACCUUUGCAAUGCAUGUGGACUCUAUCACAAGAUGAACGGCAUGAAUAGGCCGCUCAUAAAGCCCUCAAAACGCCUGAUGUCGGAAUUUCAGACCGCGACAAGGCGACUCGGGCUAUGCUGCACAAACUGCGGCACCCGCACCACCACCUUGUGGAGGCGUAACAACGAGGGUGAGCCAGUAUGCAACGCUUGCGGGUUAUACUUCAAGUUGCAUGGGGUCAAUAGGCCGCUAGCCAUGCGGAAGGAUGGUAUACAAACAAGAAAGAGAAAACCGAAGAAAACUCCAGAACAGAAUGCUAGAUCGUCUCAGGGGGAUCAUGAAACCACUGCCUCGACUACAUCCUCUCCUUCCACAGACUUGAAGAACAAUCAGCAGCAGCAGCAGCAACAACAGCAGCAGCAGCAGCAGCAGCAUCAGAUCGAGGUGCCAAAGUCAUCGGGCUCGUCGACAUCGACCGAUAGACCCGUUUACCUCGGACAUACCUCUCUCCUGGCCACCGGAAGCGUACCUGCUGUGAAAACGGAACCGCGAAGCUGCGACGGCGUCGUUGGUCAGCCGUACUCAUCUUAUUAUCAACAUCCUCAUCAACUCGCCAUCACCAGUGAGCAUCAACAACAGAGCUAUUACGGCACCCAGGAGGCACCCUACCAUCAUCAACAUCAUGUCACUACAGCAGCGAAAUUACUCGCGUCCUCGUAAUUGUUUAGCAAUUGAAGUUCAUUCGCUAGAAUCGUCUUGAAAAUAAAUUCAGACGCGUUGAAAGAUGAAGAAGACUGUUCUUUAGUAUGGGCAAGAAUUCACCGAGAAACUUACAUGAUGAAAGAUCAUGAAGUUUCUAAUAAUUUAGAAUUGAAGAUUGUAAUUGGAAUUUUAAUCCGAUUGUAUUUUGGAAAAGAGAUCAAGAAUAAUGAGUUAACGGUUAAGACACUUCUUUGACAAGUGUGUGGAAGAAAGUUCUUCUACAACAUGGGACUAGUCAGUGACGUGCAAAUUGUUUUAAAAUUCAAAGAAAAAAAUUUCACUCUCUGGUGAUAGAAGUUGAAAUACUAUGAAUCCAAGAAAUGGGUACUAUUUCUCGAGAAAGUACGUAAGUUUUUAAUUAUCUCAUAUAGAAAUAUAGGCGCGAACGCUUUAAUGUGUGUAAUAAAAUGAUUUAAGAGAAGAUGAAAUAUUAUGAAUCGUGUCGUAAAAAAAAAACUUUAAAUUUAAACGUGUCGUUAAUAGGCAGGUAGAGAACUGGGAUCUCUAGUCAAUGACAGGGAUUAUAAAGAAUAUUACAAAAGACGACGCGUACUGAAAAUCAUUUCGUUUAGCGGUAAUAAUUGGAAUAGCGGCCCGGAAAUGGGACGAAACUAUAAAAUGCUAAUAAUGAGAAGCAGCACAUUUCCAUAUUUAACUACGCGCUUUUUGCGUUCGAAUAUCCGAUACGUGUAAAUAGUUCAGUUAUAAUUAGUGCGAGAGAGUGCUUCCUGGUUUGACAAAAGAGCAAAGAUACUUAAUAAAAAUGACAGAUUAUUGGCAAGGCUCGUGUGCAACAAAUAGAAAUAUGAUUUCUAUAUUCGAAGAGCAAUGAAAGAGACAUUCGCGCUUAUCACGCUUAUCUUUUCAAUUUUCUGAUCAGACAGUAACAUUUCUGAUUAUAAAAGAAAAAGAUGCCUUUGUUAUUUAAGUGUUGAAAUAAUAUUUUUUAUACUUAUGUCCAAUAUCCUAAUUUUUUUUUGUUACACAAAUGCUGCACGCGCAACCAGAGUACUUAAUUGUAAAUAAUCUUCAUGAUAAACUAUUGCAAUAUUAGGAAUAGAUAGACUUUUUCGGCCUCGAUAAUUUUAUUGCUUUAUCUACUGCUAUGUACUGAAUUCGGACGUUUAUCUGUGGCUCUCCACGACUAACUAAAAUAUGUGCUGAGUUUUGCACGAAAUGUUUUUCUUCAAUGACCAAAAAAAAAAUAUACUGUUUAUUGUAAUUACUUGAUUUAUAAGUGAACGUAAUAAACAUUGAAUUUAUAAUUAUAUGGAAUAAGUGCGAAUUUUUAAUUGCAGUGGAUAAAGUUGGUUUCUCGAGGCACGAAUACAAUAUUAUCAGAUUUAGCGUAACCCACGUGCACGAAUACAAUAAUGAUUCACUUCGAAAGAUAAAUAAGAGAAGUCUGACGAGCCAUUCUUAUAAUUUAUUGACACGAAGCCGCCGCCACGGUUUCUUGAUAAAUAUAUUUAGUUAACGUUGAUAAAAAAUGAAUCUUUGUGUAUAGUUCCUCUGUAACACUACUUCUGCGAUGCGCAAUAAAUAAUUUUACUCAAUUAAGACGACAGAGAAGUUGCGUUUCUUUUUCGAACUAAAGAAGGAGAAAUUCUAUUCAUAAUACUGAAACGAAUAAAUCAAUCACAUUUUGUACUUCUUUAGUUCAUUAAAAUUCUCGCGGUAAUAGCAAUAUUAUAGAAUAAUUUGAAAUUGUCUCUUAAACUUUUGUAUGUAAAAAGAAAAACAAGUUAUUAUAUGAUACAGUACUAGACGAUGAUAUAAAGAAUACUAUAAUAACGAUGCACAAUAAUAUCUGUAAAAUCAGACGCUUUUUUAUAAUCUUUUUAUCGCUGAUGAAUAAAAGAAAUUAAAGCUUUUCUGUUGAGUAAAAUUCAGAAUGAUUAUUAUAACAACGCAGGAAAUAAUAAAUUAAACCGUGAAGUUUUAUUUUGCGUAUUUUUAUGUAUCCUCCAAGAAAGCAUUCAACGAUAUUGUAAAUCAAGGAAAUAAAAUUUUUUGUAAUAAAAAGA